CAUAACUCUUUGCCGAUGCUUCUGAAGUUUCCAUCCUUCCGCUUCUCUCUUCUUCUCCUCCUUCUCAUUCUUAAGCUUGUGGCUUCUUCUCCUACUGAAAAAGAAUUCACCUUCAAUGGAUUCUCUGGGGCCAACCUCACCCUCGACGGCAUCGCGACGGUAUCUUCCGACGGCCUCUUAAUCCUAACAAACACCUCAGAAAAACAAAAAAGCCACGCCUUCCAUCCUUCCCCUCUCAGCUUCCGACGCAACCUCUCCGACGGCAGCAUCCCCUCCUUCUCCACCACCUUCGCCUUCGCCAUCGUCCCAACCGAGAACGCCGGCAUCGGCGGCCACGGGAUCGCCUUUGUAAUCACCCCCUCGACAGACUUCUCCAAUGCCUUAUCCGACCAGUACCUUAGCUUAUUCAACGAGAGCAACAACGGCGACGCCGCCAACCAUGUCGUCGCCAUCGAGCUCGACACGAUACUCAACAUUGAGUUCAAAGACAUCAAUGACAACCACGUCGGGAUCGACGUCAACGGGCUGCGGUCCGAAGAGUCGCGCCCCGCCGGAUACUAUGCGGACGAUACCGGAGAAUUCAGGAACUUGACCCUCAUCAGUGGCAAGGCCAUGCAAGUGUGGGUCGACUACAACGGCCCAGAUGCGAAGUUGAAAGUUACGCUCUCCCCUAUAAACGCAAUUGGAACGCCGACGAUGAAGCCUACUAAACCUUUGAUGUCUUUCACGGUCAACCUCUCAGCCGUGCUGCUAGACUUGCCCGUGCAUGUGGGCUUCUCCGCGGGGACGUAUCCCCUGCUGACGUUCCAAUACGUCCUCGGAUGGAGCUUCGCCAUGAACGUAGGUCAGGCUCACGCCCCGCCCCUGAACUACUCGAAGUUGCCCGCGAUCCCCCGCAUGAAUCUCAAAGGUCAUAAGUCGAGGACUCUGGGCUUGGGGUUGGCCGUGGCUUCUUUAGUGUUCGUGCUCCUGGUGACGUUUGUGGCGUUUGCUGUGGCACGGUGGCGAAGCAGGUACUCGGAGCUUCGUGAGGAUUGGGAGUUGGAGUUCGGGCCGCACCGAUUCUCAUACCGAGACCUCUUCCGAGCCACCAACGGCUUUAGGGAGAGGGAGCUGUUAGGAGCCGGCGGCUUCGGCAAGGUCUACAGAGGAACGUUGCCGACUUCACGGGCAGAGGUGGCGGUGAAGAGGGUCUCCCACGAGUCACGGCAGGGGAUGCGGCAGUUCGUGGCGGAGAUUGUCAGCAUGGGCCGCCUCCGCCACCGCAACAUCGUGCAGCUGCUCGGCUAUUGCCGUCGCAAGGGGGAGCUUCUCCUGGUCUACGACUUCGUCCCCAACGGUAGCCUCGACAAGUACCUGCACUACGACCGGGCUCAUAAGCCUGCACUCGGGUGGUCCCAGAGGUUCCGGAUCGUGAAGGGUGUCGCGGCGGGACUCCUCUAUCUUCACGAAGAGUGGGAGCAAGUCGUUGUGCACAGAGACAUCAAGGCGAGUAAUGUACUGCUGGACGGCGAGAUGAACGCCAGGCUGGGGGAUUUCGGUCUCGCUAGGCUGUACGAUCACGGCACCGAUCCGCAGACGACCCAUGUGGUGGGGACGACUGGUUACAUUGCGCCAGAGCUCGCAAGGACCAGUAGGGCAACUACUGCCACCGACGUCUUUGCUUUCGGAGUUUUCAUCUUAGAGGUUGCUUGUGGGCGGAGGCCGGUGGAGCAACCGACCGUGGGCUGGCAAGGGGAGCAAUUCCUGUUGGUGGAUUGGGUGACCGAGAACUGGCGGAAGGGUUCGAUUCUCGAUACAGUGGAUGCCGGACUGGGAGGAGAGUACGCGAGGGAGGAGGCGGAGAUGGUGCUGAAGCUGGGGCUGAUGUGCUCGCACCCGCAACCUGCGGCGCGGCCGAGCAUGCGGCUGGUCGUGCAGUACUUGGAGGGCCAUGUGCCCCUCCCAGAGCCAUCGCCGGCUUAUCUCUGCUUCACCAAACUAUCAUUUCCUCACAAUGUUGGUUUUGAUGACUAUGUUGCCUCCUAUUCAUCUUCCGUGCCGAGUGCAUCUACUCUCUCCGGAGGAAGAUGAAUAUUAGCUG